AUGGAUCAAGCCACAGCAUUGCAAGAGAGGUUUGGUCGUCAUUCCAUUGAGUAUUACUAUGAAGAAAUUAUGCAACAAUCACAUCUAUUGAAGAAAACACGGAAGGUGAAUAAAUGGAAUGUGUUCAUCAAGCAAGAAGUUCAAUGCAUCAACUCAGACUUACCUGCUGGCGAGAAGCGCCACAAGGCAUCUGAACUCAUGCCCAACAUUCACACUCGUUAA